ACAGUAGUGACGGCCGCGCGGGAGCGGUCACAUGACCAUAGCGGCAGCCUGUACAGUAAGAACCCAAUAUGGCAGCGGCGGUAGCAGUGGCAACGGCAGCAGGAGGACCGGCCGCCCCAUAGACCCCCCCCCGCGCACCACCCCCGCCGCUUCCUCUGCUUGGGUGCUCCUCCGGCCUGACUUCCCCUUUCUCCCACCUUUCCCAGCACCGCGGGAAAAGCAGCGCAGGGCAGAGCAGACAGGGAGGGCGGCCGGAGCCCGGACACGGGAGCCUCCCAGUCAGUUCAAGACCCGACAUGAGGGAAAAGGGACGUAGGAAGAAGGGCAGGACCUGGGCGGAGGCCGCCAAGACGGUCUUAGAAAAAUACCCCAAUACACCCAUGAGUCAUAAAGAAAUUCUUCAAGUUAUCCAGAGAGAAGGACUAAAAGAAAUCAGAAGUGGAACUUCCCCUCUUGCAUGCCUGAAUGCAAUGCUACACACAAACUCCAGAGGUGAAGAGGGCAUCUUCUAUAAGGUUCCAGGCAGAAUGGGAGUAUAUACUUUGAAGAAAGAUGUGCCGGAUGGGGUGAAAGAGCUAUCAGAAGGUUCAGAAGAAAGCAGUGAUGGUCAGUCAGAUUCCCAGAGUUCUGAGAACAGCAGCAGCAGCAGUGAUGGUGGCAGCAACAAAGAGGGAAAAAAGAGCAGGUGGAAAAGGAAAGUAUCGUCUAGACUGUCACAGCCAUCCUCUCCCCAAUCAGGCUGCCCAUCACCCACCAUUCCGGCAGGUAAAGUCAUUUCUCCAUCACAGAAGCACAGCAAGAAAGCACUAAAGCAGGCUCUAAAGCAGCAGCAGCAGAAGAAACAGCAGCAGCAGCAGCAGCAAUGCAGGCCAAGCAUGUCCAUCUCCUCCAACCAACAUCUCUCUCUAAAGACUAUCAAAACCACCAGUGACACUGUACCUGCCAAACCUGCAAUAUGGGAAGGAAAGCAACCUGAUGGACAGUCAAGCAGUCCCCAGAACUCAAACUCCAGCUUUGCAUCGUCAGUUAAAGUGGAAAAUCCUUUGCUAGGCUUGGGGAAGAAGUCAUUUCAGAGGUCUGACAGACUCCACACAAGACAAAUGAAAAGGACUAAAUGUGCUGACAUUGAUGUUGAGACACCAGACUCCAUUCUGGUUAAUACAAAUCUGCGAGCGCUGAUCAACAAACACACCUUUUCAGUCCUUCCUGGAGAUUGCCAACAACGACUGCUUUUACUACUCCCUGAGGUGGAUCGACAGGUUGGUCCAGAUGGUUUGAUGAAGUUAAAUGGCUCAGCUCUUAACAAUGAGUUCUUCACUUCUGCAGCCCAAGGCUGGAAGGAAAGACUUUCAGAAGGUGAGUUUACACCAGAGAUGCAGGUGAGAAUUCGACAAGAGAUUGAGAAGGAGAAAAAAGUGGAGCCAUGGAAGGAACAAUUCUUUGAAAGCUACUAUGGUCAGAGUUCUGGCCUGAGCCUUGAAGAUUCAAAGAAAUUGACAGCAUCUCCCAGUGAUCCCAAAGUAAAGAAAACCCCAGCUGAGCAACCAAAAUCCAUGCUUCCUUCAGAGGCCUCUCCUGUCAGAAUAGUCCCAGUAGCCCCCCAGUCAGAGUGUACAGAGGCAGCAUUGCAAAUGCCUCCAGCAGGCAGAAAGGAAGAGCACGAAAGCCCAGACAAGGCACAGCCAAACUUCUCCAAAUCCACAGAGCCCCCACUUCCCUCUGCCAGCAAUAUACAUGAGCUUAGUAGCAUUCUUCCCGUCAAGUGCCCAAAGGAUGAGGGUCUCUUGGAGCAGAAGCCAGUUGCCUCUGCUGAACAGGAAUGUGAGAAAGAGAAUCAUCUCACCACAGCUUCUCGUCACAACAAAAACGAAAGCCAAGAAUCUCUGAUUAUAUCCCCAAACAAACCCAAGAGUCCUGAGGUGGAAAAGCCAAUAAUGAAACCUACAGCAGAAGCAAGUCCACAGGAGACCACUAGGAAAGAACCUCCAGCAGCUCUUGUUGAUCAGAGCCCAGAAAGCCUCAAGAGGAAAUCUUCUCUCACCCAAGAAGAGGCCCCUGUGAGCUGGGAGAAAAGGCCACGUGUCACUGAGAAUUGCCAGCACCAGCAGCCAUUUCAGGUCUCGCCACAGCCCUUUCUCAGUAGAGAAAGGGUCCAGGUGCGAAAAGUACCACCUCUCAAGAUCCCGGUCUCCAGAAUCUCCUCCAUGCCGUUUCAUCCAUCGCAGGUCUCUCCCAGGGCUUGUUUUCCAGUCUCCAUCAUUAGUCCUAACAGAACAGGAGCCAGAACUCUCGCAGACAUCAAAGCAAAAGCCCAGCUGGUCAAAGCACAGAGGGCAGCAGCUGCUGCAGCCGCCGCAGCUGCUGCAGCUGCCUCAGUUGGAGGGACCAUUCCAGGACCUGGCCCAGGGGGUGGACAAGGUCCAGGAGAGGGUGGUGAAGGGAAAGCUGUUAGAGGAGGCAGUCCAGGCUCAGACAGAGUCAGUGGAACUGGAAAAGGCCCCACACUGGAACUGGCAGGAACUGGAAGCAGGGGAGGUACGAGAGAGCUUUUACCCUGUGGUCCAGAGACUCAGCCCCAAUCUGAGAUCAAGACCACCCCAGACCAGGCACAGCCUCAUAGUGUCUCUGGAGCACAACUACAGCAAACCCCCUCAGUGCCUCCAACACCUGCCAUCAGUGGAGCGUGCACAAAUGUCCCAUCACCAGCCCACAUAGAGAAAUCGGAUAAUGAAAAACUGAACCCCACCAGGGCAACAGCCACAGUGGCCUCUCUUAGCCACCCGCAAGGGCCCGGUAGUUGCAGACAGGAGAAAGCACCUUCUCCUCCAGCAGGUCCUGCUCUAAUCUCAGGUGCCUCAUCUGUUCAUUUUGCAGCUGAUGGCACAGUUGAGCCCAAAGCCGGUUCUAGUAAGGAUACACCAAACUCUUCAGCCUCAGCAAAGACAGAUGCUAGUGCACCAGUGGCUAUGACUCCCUCCCCUUUAACAUGUUUACUGACCACAGCCACUUCAGAAAAGCUUCCUGUACCCCAGGUCAGUGUAACUACAGCACCUACCGGAUCAACUCUAUCCUUGAGCUCUUUGCCAGCAGCUUCUAGCCUUAAAACCCCAGGAACUUCCUCACAUAUGAAUGGACCCACUUCAAGACCAAGCUCUAGUAUCCCUGCCAAUAAUCCUUUAGUUACUCAGCUGCUCCAGGGCAAAGAUGUUCCCAUGGAGCAAAUUCUGCCUAAACCUCUCACCAAAGUUGAAAUGAAAACUGUUCCACUGACUACAAAAGAGGAAAGGGGGAUGGGAGCACUCAUAGGUACCAACACGACAGAAAAUAGCACCAGAGAGGAAGUUAAUGAGCGCCAGGCCCAUCCAGCUACACAGCUGGGUAAAACCUUACAAAGUAAACCGCUCCCUUUUCCAAGGCCCCUUCAGCUGUUUUCUGCUAAGGAGCUGAGGGACUCCAGCAUUGACACACACCAAUACCAAGAAGGACUAAGUAAAGCAACCCAAGAUCAGAUCCUUCAGUCUCUCAUCCAGAGGGUUCGGAGGCAGAAUCUUCUCUCAAUUGUGCCGCCCUCCCAGUUCAACUUCACUCACUCAGGUUUCCAGUUGGAAAACAUCUCCACAAGCCAGAGGUUCAUGCUGGGUUUUGCUGGCAGAAGGACAUCCAAGCCUGCAAUGGCAGGUCACUACUUACUUAAUAUUUCCACCUAUGGCCGGGGUUCAGAGAGCUUUAGGAGGACCCAGUCUAUAAACCCUGAAGACCGUUUCUGUCUAAGUAGCCCCACUGAAGUCUUGAAAAUGGGAUAUACAGACUGCAAAAAUGCAACAGGGGAUAGUAGCAGUGGCAAAGAAGACGACACUGAUGAGGAAAGUACUGGUGAUGAGCAGGAGUCCAUCAUGGUGAAGGAGGAGCCCCAGGUUUCCCACAGUUCUGGCAAAUGGGACACAAGUUCGGGACCCCACAGUAGGGAAACCCUAUCCACCGGUGAUUGCUUAGCUAACAAGAAUGUGAAGGCCGAGACACCAGUGAAUGAGCAAACCACUUUAAGCAAGGAGAAUUACCUGUUCACUAGAGGCCAAACAUUUGAUGAAAAGACCCUAGCCAGAGAUUUAAUUCAGGCAGCACAGAAGCAAAUGGCUCAUGCAGUGAGAGGUAAGACAAUGCGUAGCAGCCCUGAGCUUUUCAAUUCUACUGCUCUUCCUCUACCUGCAGACAGCCCCACCCAUCAGCCUCUACUCCUUCCACCACUGCAAACCCCAAAGUUGUAUGGAAGCCCCACACAGAUAGGGCCAAGCUACAGAGGCAUGAUCAAUGUCUCCACCUCAUCUGACAUGGACCAUAACUCUGCUGUACCAGGUAGCCAGGUAUCUAGCAAUGUAGGUGAUGUCAUGUCCUUUUCAGUGACUGUCACUACCAUCCCUGCUAGCCAAGCUAUGAAUCCCAGCAGCCAUGGCCAGACCAUUCCUGUUCAGGCCUUUCCUGAAGAGAACAGCAUAGAGGACACGCCUUCAAAAUGUUACUGCCGAUUGAAAGCCAUGAUCAUGUGCAAAGGGUGUGGAGCUUUCUGCCAUGAUGAUUGCAUUGGCCCCUCCAAACUGUGCGUCUCCUGCCUUGUCGUUCGGUAACGAGACUAGAAGGAGACACACUGUAAAGGAGGGGGAAGGGAUGGGUUGACCAGAUGUGUUUUUUGGAAUCACAGAAAUAAACAAGUAAGUUUCAGUUGUCUUAAGAGACAAAUGUUACUUAAUCAGGAAUACAAAGUAUAGAUCUUUUACAUUUUAGAGGAAGAGCACCUUGUAUAGUAAGUCUAAGUCAAGCAAGACUUUGUGAAUUUGUGACAAGUUUGCACUUAAAAAAUCAUGUAAAUAUGUCACAUUUUGUUUAACAUUUUUCCAAGUGUUUAGGUAAUAAUGUGUUACUUUGAAUUCAGAUUUAUGUUCCACUUCAUGUGACUCUGAGAAAAGUUUAAUGCCAUGCAUGGUGAAAGGAAGCUUUCUGACCUUUGCUAAGAGGCCAGGAAAAGGAAGGAGUGAAGGAGUGGUCCAAAGAAGUGACCAUUCAUGCUGAUUAUGUCUUGACAGUCUGGCUGCGGGUCAUUCAUAGAUUAUUCAGCCUUUGCAGGAUUUGGAUUCAGAGUUUACUCAGUCCGUUUACCUUAUGUAGAAGCUUCUUAAGUUGAAGUAUUUGAUAAGGUAUUAAUUUCACAGGUAGUGUUUCAGAUUGUGAAAGCUCUGACUUGGUUCUUGGCUUCUGUAAACCAGUACUGUGGCCAAGCACUCUGCUUGCAGUUUGUGGAUCCCUGCUGUUCCCUAGUCCCACCCCUGCCCUGACAUAGUGAAUGUAGUUCCUGAAGGGAUUGCUUCCUCAGUCCCCCUGCCCCCGCCCCACCCCCGUGUUGUUAUAGCCUGUACAGGGCAACAAUCCCAGCAAAAAAAUCCCAUACUUAGUCAUUCAUGGAAACUUACAGUUUUGAAAUACUAGCAUAAAAUGAGUAGAAAAGUGUUAGUGAUGGGGUGAUUUGAACUAUGUAUUGUUAGGCAAGGGAAAGGAAACUGCAGAAACUUAAAUUGAACCUAAAGAACUUCAGAGAACAAUUUUAACACUAGAAACAAAGUAGCCUCUCUUUUCCUCUUCUCCCUCAACCCGUUACCUAAUGUUCUAUAGUCAGUUGUUGUCACAAGUAGAAAAGCUUGUUAAUACCACGUUUGCUUAUUCUGUUUAACCUGUUUUGACCUCCCAGGCAUCUGAGGAGGAUGACAUAAUCUUAUCUCUUACUUUGCACACACAUGUGCGCACACAUACACACACAAAUACACAGCACUUUCCCUGUUUUAGAAAAUAUGUCCCCUGUUUUGGAGUACUGCUGUCUGUGCAACUAGAAAUUUCUGACGUAAAGGGGCUUCAGUGAAUGGCUUAGGGAAUGCAUGGAAAGGAAGAAAAAUUAGCUCCAAAGUUUUGUUUGUUUUUGUUUCUUUUUCUUUUUUUGUUUCCUUUUUUGUUUUUUAAAUCCUUCUCUAGUGACUGAAGAAUUUUUGAGUACAUAAUAUUUAGGUCAUGGUUAAAGAACAUUAAAAUAAACCUACAGUUUACCAGAAUUUAGUAAAUUGGAGAGUGUCAAUUUGCAUCAUUUGCAUGUUGAUCUCACGUCUCCCAAUUGAACUGUGUAAAGUAAAAAUAUUAGUGCAACAUAGUACAGUUGUCUUUGUACUUAAUAUUCAGGAUGUGAUAUUUACAAAAUUCAGAACAGUUUAAACUUAUUAGUUAAGUCACAUUACAGAUUAGGAGAAAGAAAGCAAUAAUAAUCUGUUUUACCCCCAUACUAUUGCCCACCCCCCCAUCAUACACUUUUUUGUUUUUAAUGCUUUCCCUCAGUCCUUGCCCCCAUUACCAUAAGAAACUCACUUCACUAUUGUUCAUUUUUCAUUUCUGGCUUUUUUGUGGCCCAAAGCAAAUAUAGGAUUAAUAUCUGUGUUCCGGUUUCAGACAAGACAAUAUGAUGUCCUUCCAUCUUCCCCCUUUUCUUCCAGCACACACACAGCUAAGAGAUAAGAAGGCUGCAAGAAUCCAGGGAUAAAGAGUAAGUUCUCAAGCCAAGAACCAAUAGGAAACAAAUCAUGGUUGUGCUUCAAAUGUUCAGCACCCUGGGCAGUCCAGGGGGUGACUUUAGAAAGACUUAAUGAUGGGUGGAACACUGCGCCCAGCCGUUCCAUUCCCCACCUUAGUGCCAGGGCUGAGGGCUGUCUGCAUGCUGGAAGAGGUUGAAUGUUUCAGAAUUAACUCCGUGCUAAAUAUCAGUUACCAAUUUUGAUUGAUGAAAGUGAUUUUUCUGCUGCGGCCCUUUCCUGUCAGAAAGGCUUUUCUCCAUGGUUUCUGUAGAUGGAAAGACUGACCAGGAAAGGAGGAGGAAAGGCAUCAGGAAUUGUAAAGUCCAUUCAGAAAGCAAACCAUAUUGUGCCUCUUCAUCUUGACCCAGGCUCUUACAGAUAGGUCCUAAGUUUUGCUGUUCACCAGAUUCUUUCCACAAGUAAUACUCAGCUAAAUAUUUUCAUUUAGGAAUACUUGUAAAACAGAAAUGACCAACUAUGUAUACUGCCUCAGUCUUGACCAGAUGAGAGAACAGUUUCAGGUUAUCUCAGAUUGGUAGUAAAUUGAAUACCAGUCUAUUUUUCAGUUUGUUUCAAAACAGUUGUUUCAGGUAGAAAGCCAUUCAUUUUAUAAGCUGAACAGAAAAAAAUUACAUAAUAUCUGGCCUUCUAGAAAAUGAAGCAGUAGAAACAAGGAAACAUUUAAAUUAUUACAGUAUGGUACUCCAACAGUACCUUCAAAGCAAUUUUUAACUUAGCUCUUGAGUUGUUCAAUCUGAAAUGUUUUAUUAAGUGCUAAGCUUAUUCUUAGGGUAUUACCUGUCAUUGUUUCCAGUGACUAGUCAGGCAUCAUGCCUGAUGCACAUGCCUCCAGUGUACCCCUCUCUAGCCUUCAGAUUACCCCCAUCUGCUGCAGGUCACCUCAGGAGAUAGCAUUAAUAAUGUAUCGUCUCAGUCUUAUUUAUAAACAUUCUAAGUUGUCUAGUAGAGAAGACUCUGAAUCUGAAAGAAUUUUCAUUAAUUAAAAUUCCCCAUUCUGUUAAACAGAAAGUAAAGCCAAAUACCUGGAGUUGUUUGCCCUGCUUCUGUUCCCUUAACCCGUAUGCUGAAGAUACUGGAGCUAUCUCUGGUAUUUCAUGGAACAUUUUUAAGAUUAAGCGCUGGCCAGUGGGAAAUUAUUCUUGGGGUGGGGGAAGAAUCAUACUUACAUGGGUUGUGAAGGCACACAAAUGUACAUGUUUUAGAUCAUAUCUCAGAUUUAAAUAGCCAAAGGAAGACCUCACUGCCUUCCAGGUGAAGGUGUAAAGUCAUACAGAUUAAUGACCCGACAGUUACCAUUCUGUUGCUUAUUACUGCCUUUCUCCACCCUGGAGAUUCCUAAAGAGCUCUUGGGUGAAGUGAUUUGUUAUAAUGAGGGGGGUCUUCUCUGGUCAUUACAUUGCUAUUUAUUGCUAGAACUCACUGUCAAUGAGCAGUGCUAGGGUUGUUUUCUCUUUGACUCAGAGGUUUCAUAGCAUAGCAAGGAGGGAAAAGUCUCCCCAUUGCAUUACAACAGUGCGCUAAGUAAAAAACUUGGCAAAGGGUAGUUUUCAGCUCAAUUUAUAGAAUAGUCCAAAGAGACUUUGAGAAACAUGAUGAUAGGCAGGGACCUUUCCUACCAUGUUUCAAUACCUACAUACCUAUUGAAAGAGAACAGUAGGUAAAACAUUUCCUAAAGUUGAAGCAAUAGCUUCAUAGAUUCUUGGUUACUUUAUUUUUUUUAAUGCUUUACAUUUGAUACAACUAUUAAAGAUCAAUUUUAAAAAUAGCUUUCCAGUAAUAUAUUUUAAGUAAUAUAUAUUUUAAUAUCUAUGUAAAAAGUGACAGUGGAAGACUUUGAAUUUCUCAUAUAUGGUAUGUUUAAUGUAGGACCUCACUGUUAAGGCACAAGUUAUUUCAAGGAAGUUACUCUAAAGACACUCAGAUUAUUUCCAAAAAAAAAAAAAAAAAAUGCAAUAAGGGAAUAGUUUGGGGGUUUAUUUUUUAUUUUAAAAGAAAAUUGACUUAUUUACCACAAGCUAUUUUUUUCCCUUCUGGCUAUAAGGUUUGUACAGACUGGUUUGGUAAAUGCUAAACUUUUGUGUCUUUUGCCUUUUUAAAGGAAUUGUUAACAUUGGAUUAGAGGGUAUGUACAGAGAAGUUGGUGUCAACACCAUUUAAAAAGUCAUAUUUUUUCACAAAUAUAGAAAAAAUCAUUUUACAUAAGAAUUUUAAGUAUUUGCAAUAAAUAUAUGUAUAUAGAUUGUAUGUAUUCCUAUAUUCUUAUUUUCAUUUUAUUAUUAAGUAAAAGAUCAUUAAAAUUGAAAGUAAAAACCUUGGAGUUUUUGGUGAAUCUUGAGGUCUAACACAUCUGAGAGUGGCAUGGGGAAGGGCCCUCGGUUGUUGCCUUAUCUACUGUGGGAAAGAUACCCCAGACUGUAUGGAAGAGAGUGAAACGAGGGAUUUGGCGGUAAACAAAUCAGGGUAGUGUAUUUCUUUCAGAACUUAAGUAAAAAUAUGAUUAAAUUA